GCCAUUGGUUUAAUGAAAUGUCUUUUUUUACUAGGAUAGUGCAUUACAACUUAUAGUAAUUAAUUUCAGCACGAUUCAGUAAAUAUGACUGAGAAAGAAGUUGAUCUGGCAACUGAGUUAUUGCAAUACUUGGAUUUGAAUGAACGUGUCAACUCAAUUUCGUACGCAAAAACAAAAAAUUUAGAACAUCAAAAAAUUGUCGGUUUAAUAAAAAGCUUACAAGUUCAUGAAGGCGUGAUAGACGCCUCACAGAAAACAGACAAAAAUUGGGUUCUCUCAACCGAGGGUAAAAAGCUCGAAUCAAGUGGAAGUUAUGAGUUUAAUAUUUUCAAAAGAGUUCCAGCAGAUGGUAUUGCGCAAUCUGAACUGGUGAAAGAUAAAAAUGAUAAAAUUGGCUUCAGCAAGGCGAUGUCUAAUAGAUGGAUCAAAGUGGACAAAUCGGGUGGCGCACCGAAGAUUUUUGUCGCUGAUGGUGUAAACCCAACUGAUAUUGUUAGAGAUAAUCUAUCAAGAAUAAAACAAGGAUCUCCCAUUCCUGACAAAGACAGGGCGGAGUUGAAAAAACGUAAAUUAGUGGAGGAAGUUACUAUAAAGAGUUUUGAUGUUACGAAAGGUGUAAAGUUCACAACGAAAAUUGAGAAGGCAGCAACGGAUCUCACUGCUCAAAUGAUACAAGAUGGCUCAUGGAAAACAACAACUUUUAAAGAUUACAACUACUCUGCGAUGGGUAUCAAACCUCCAGCAGGACACUUGCAUCCCCUUUUGAAAGUACGAUCUGUUUAUCGACAAAUAUUUCUUGAGAUGGGAUUCACAGAAAUGCCAACGAAUAAUUACGUAGAAAGCUCUUUCUGGAAUUUUGACGCCUUGUUUCAACCUCAGCAACAUCCAGCUAGAGACGCUCAUGACACUUUUUUCAUUUCCGACCCUGCGGAGUGUGACACUUUUCCAGCUGACUAUGCAGAAAAAGUUAAAAGAGUUCACUCAGAAGGUGGUUUCGGUUCGCAAGGGUAUUGUUACGACUGGAAGUACUCGGAAGCGAAGAAAAAUUUACUUCGUACUCACACUACAGCUGUGAGCGCCAGGAUGCUGUAUAAACUUGCUAAAGAAGGAUUUAAACCCAGUAAAUACUUCUCAAUAGAUAGAGUGUUUCGAAACGAAUCUUUGGAUGCAACUCAUCUCGCCGAGUUCCACCAAGUGGAAGGUGUAGUUGCAGAUUACAGCGUAACUCUUGGAGAUCUUAUGGGAGUGUUACAAGCGUUCUUUCAUAAACUUGGUAUUACAAAAUUACGUUUCAAGCCAGCUUACAACCCAUACACUGAACCAUCAAUGGAAAUAUUCAGCUACCACGAAGGACUCAAAAAAUGGGUAGAAGUUGGAAAUUCCGGAAUUUUCCGCCCCGAAAUGUUAUUACCAAUGGGCCUUCCGGAAGAUGUUAAUGUUAUCGCAUGGGGUUUGUCAUUAGAACGUCCGACAAUGAUAAAAUAUGGUAUAGAUAAUAUCAGGGAUUUGGUUGGCCAUAAAAUCAAUUUACAAAUGGUACAAGAUAACCCUGUCUGUAGAAUGGACUUUUGAUAAGUAAACAGCUUUGUGCAAUUAACUAUAUCACUAGACUGAACGAAUAUAGGAACCUUGUUUGAUAAAAGAUCGUUGGAGCCUGGGAUUCAGAUUGCUGCUUUGCCACCAUUCUACAACUUUAUUAGGUGUUGCUUUUCAGGAAUAGCACCUGACCUUUUAAAUUUUCUUCUACAAUGUUGUAUUUCUGUUUCCAUAUGUAAUUGUCUCUGUUUGAAAAUCAUAUGCCAAUGUUAAAGUUUUCGAAUGCUAUUUAAAUAGUCAACGGCUUUCAUAUGAAUAUUAUUCGUCUAGGUAUUACGGCAGACCAAGUAAAUAUAUAAGCUUAAUUUUGGCUUACCAAUUUGUCUGAUGUAAACAAUUAUUUGAAAUGCAACAAAAUUCACCACUCAAUAAGCAAAUAGCAGACAUACGGAUUUUGUGUAGAUCUGAUUUUGUGUAUUCUAUAUAUAAACAUCUUUCAACCAAGCAAAAUAAAAACAAUUCCCAAUUUUUCAAAUAGUAAUAUUUCAAAUCCUGAACCUCUUUGCAGCAGACAAUAAAGUUAUACAAAUGAUCAUAUUAUGUGUAUUUAAACCUGCUGCAAUCAUUUAUUUAUGAAAAAGUUUGAAACUUUGUAGAAGUCUUACUCAUUGUUGUGGUGAACUAAAAUAAAUGUUAUCAAAUCUA